GAGGGAAAUUUAAUUCUUUAAGGCAGAGUUGAAGUCGGAAAAGUUAUUUCGACCCGUAUGUGUCCAACCCCUAAUAUUUCAAAAAUUGAAAAUCCCCAAUUCUAUCAAGUUAAAACCCUAAUUGAGUUAAUAAUAGUAACAAUGACAUCACAGAAGAAGGAAUCGAUUGCUCUGCUGUCUAUCUACGGGGACGACGAAGAUGACGAAAUGGAAGAAGAACACGAAGAAGAAGAAGAAGCGCAAGAAUACAAAUCUGAAUCCCAAAACGUGGCCGUUUCAAUGGAGACCGAGGAGUUCCUCCAAGAUGAUAACAACAACAGAAUAGUCGGGUCUGAUUCGGGUCGGAGUUCGACUCCUUCACCACUAAUUCAAUAUUUGACACCUAAUAAUAAGGUUGGGUCUACCACUGCGACGCCGUUAAUGUCCGUUACUUCUCCAAUGGAGUUGAAUGUGAAUGUGAGUAGACGAGCUAAGCUUACUAUUGUUGAUUAUGCUCAUGAUGAACUUACUAUGUCUCCUGACCCUGAGGAAGGAGAAAUAAUGGCAAGUGGAAGAGUCAUGUAUGGAGAGGAACUUCAAACUGUUAGUGUUGAAUCUAUAGAAAAGGCUUCACCAGCUCUUCAGGUUAGAACACCUAGCACUCAAACCCCUCCUCAGUCAGCUGAACCAACUGAUCCAAUCGAUGAUACGAUGGACUUUGCUGUUAAUGAAGGACAUGGAGAAGAUGAAGAAUCUGUUAUGAUUCCUGCAGAAGAACAAAAAGAAGUAGAUCUGUUGGAGAAAUUUCUUCCUCCUCCACCAAAGGAAAAGUGCUCAGAUGAAUUGCAAGUAAGGAUUAUGAGAUUCAUUGAUCUAAAGAAGACUGGCAGAAGCUUUAAUUCAGAAGUACGCAACAGAAAGGAGUAUCGGAAUCCAGACUUCUUGCUGCAUGCGGUGACUUAUCAAGAUAUUGACCAGAUAGGAUCUUGCUUUAGUAAAGACGUAUUUGAUCCGCAUGGAUAUGACAAAAGCGACUUCUAUGAUGAAAUAGAGGCUGAUACGAGGCGUGAAAUGGAGAGAAGGGAGCAAGAGCGGAAGAGGAGUCCAAAAGUUGACUUCAUAUCGGGAGGAACACAACCUGCAGCGAUGGUUCCUACACCAAAAAUCAAUCUACCAAUUCCAGGGAUGGCUCCUGUUGCUGCCCGGGAUGGUAGACAGAACAAAAAGUCGAAGUGGGAUAAGGUGGACGGUGAUCGGAGAGACCCUGUUUCUGCUGUUGGUGCACAUGCAGCACUUCUAUCAGCGGCUAAUGCUGGUGCUGGUUACACUGCAUUUGCGCAACAAAGACGCCGGGAGGCAGAAGAGAAGCUACCUAGUGACAAGAAGUUAGAUAGAAGAUCUUGACUAUUAGUUUGACAUGUUGAAUCCUGAAACUAUUACAGCCACAGCACCCAAGCAUAGACAUGGAAGUAAUGCUUCUAAAUGAGAUUCUGAACUCGGGAUCAUGAUCAUCACCGUGUAUAGACGAGCUUUAGAUCUUUCUGUAUUUGUAACCUUUUCCAACACAUCUUGCCCUGCACAAGUAUUGGCACAGACAAAGCAGCUAUAUCUUCGUUAUAGCUAUGGUGCCUCAUUUAGAAAGCCAAUUUACUGGCAACACGGAAGAUUCCUAUCUACUGUAAAAUGUAUACCUUGAUAUACCCAAUUUUUAUCAGUCGAUCAUGGUUUCAAAGUUAGGAGUGUUACCAUGAAAGUCUUGGAAGAAUUUGCAAUAUGAAACUGGGGAUAGUAAAUUGUAUUAGUCUUCUUUUUGCCCCGUGUGUCAUAGAUGCAAAGUAUUAAGUCUUCUUUUAGCUGUGUACUCUUUGACUAGAGUCCUAAAAGAGCCGAAUAUUUUCAAUAUACUUUCUUUGAAAAGUUGGAUA